UGCGCUCCUCGCUCACUGGAGGGUGUGUGUGACUUGAGUGCCAGGAGAGCUUUGAAUAACAGAGCGCGGGGGACGAAAUAAAAGGAAUAAGCACCACAAGCCCUCAGUGUUACAGCAGCAAAGAGGAGACACAGGGAUAACCAUGCCUGAACCAGUCCCUGAAGAGAAACCGGAGGGGCAGGAUGCACCCCCCACAGAUGGAGAUUCAGAUGCUGAUGGGGAUGAGCCCGGGUCGACCUCCCUCAGUGGGCUCUUCGUCGAGAAGCCAGCACAAAGUUUGGUCGCCGUUGCAGGAACGGAUCUCACUAUCAUUGCCAGGGUGGACUCGACCACCCUGACAAGAAAACCCACCAUGAAAUGGCUGAAGGGCAAGUGGAUGGACCUUGGCAGCAAAGCUGGAAAACAUAUGCAGUUCAAAGAAACAUAUGACAGGAAUACCAAGAUCUAUACUUACGAAAUGAAGAUCAUCAAAGUGGUCCCUGGAGAUGCAGGAGGCUUCAGGUGCGAGGUGACGGCAAAAGACAAGUGUGACAGUUCCACCUUUGAGAUCACUGUUGAGGCUGCACACCAGGAGGAGCAGGCAGAUAUUUUGUCAGCCUUCAAGAGAGCUGAUGCUGGAGAGGACGACGGAAAUCUGGAUUUCAGUGCUCUGCUGAAAGCCACUAAGAAGAAGAAGAAACCUGUAAAAGAGGAACCAGCAAUCGACGUGUGGGAAUUGCUUAAGAGCGCCCACCCAAGCGAGUAUGAGAAAAUCGCCUUUGAGUAUGGCAUCACCGACCUGAGGGGCAUGCUGAAACGUCUGAAAAAGAUGAAGGUCGUCGAGCCAAAGCACAGCGAGGCUUUCCUGAAGAGGCUUGAGUCUUGCUACUCAGUGGAGAAAGGCAAGAAAAUUGUCCUGAGGUGUGAGGUGGUGGACCCUGACGUCCAGGUCAAAUGGUUGAAGAAUGGCCAGGAAAUCAAACCCUCAGCCAAGUACAUCAUUGAGACGUCAGGAAACGUCAGAACCCUCACCAUCAAUAAGGCUACCCUGGCUGAUGAUGCUGCGUAUGAGUGUGUGGUUGGCGACGACAAGUGUUUCACAGAGGUGUUCGUCAAAGAGCCUCCUGUGACCAUCACCAAACUGAUGGAUGACUAUCACGUGGUCGUUGGAGAGAGAGUGGAGUUUGAGAUUGAGGUGUCAGAGGAGGGCGCCCACGUCAUGUGGUACUUUGAGGAUAUAGAGCUUCACAAAGAAAAGGAUUCCUCAAAGUUUCGCUUCAAGAAGGAUGGAAAGAAGCACACUCUUAUCAUCCAGGAGGCAAAGCUGGAGGACAUUGGAAUGUACCAUGCUUGGACAAAUGGGGGGCAUACCAAGGGAGAGCUGGAGGUGGAAGAAAAACAACUGGAGGUGUUGCAGGACAUUGCGGAUCUGACAGUCAGGGCAACAGACCAGGCUUUGUUCAAGUGUGAGGUUUCCGAUGAUAAGGUCACAGGAAAGUGGUUCAAGGAUGGAGUGGAAGUCGUGGCAAGCGAUCGCAUCAAAAUGACUCACAUCGGAAGGUUUCAUCGGCUGCUUAUCGAUAAUGUGAAGCCAGAGGAUGCUGGAGACUACUCAUUUAUUCCUGAUGGUUACGCCCUGUCAAUUUCUGCCAAACUCAACUUCCUGGAAAUUAAGGUCGACUAUGUGCCUAGACAAGAUCCUCCAAAGAUCCACUUGGACACCACGGGAAACAUGGUCUCCCAAAACACCAUCAUUGUAGUGGCAGGCAACAAGCUCCGUCUGGAUGUGGAGAUCACAGGAGAGCCAGCACCCACCUGUGUUUGGUCGAAAGGAGAUAAAGUCAUUUCAGAGACUGAAGGGCGCGUUAGGGUGGAGGCCAGGAAAGACCUGAGCUGCUUCGUCAUUGAGGGGGCAGAGAGAGAAGAUGAGGGCAACUACACCAUCUGUGUGACCAACCCCGCUGGAGAGGACAAGGCUAUGCUGUUUGUGAAGAUUGUCGAUGUGCCCGACCCCCCUGAGAAUGUCAGAUGCACAUCAGUGGGAGAGGACUGCGCUAACAUCGUUUGGGAUGCUCCUGCAUUUGAUGGCGGUGCUCAACUCAAAGGUUAUCUCAUGGAGAGGAAGAAGAAAGGUUCCUCUAGAUGGACAAAGCUCAACUUUGAUGUAUAUGAACCAACUACAUAUGAGGCUAAGAGGAUGAUUGAAGGUGUAUACUAUGAGAUGAGGGUGUUUGCUAUCAACAGCAUUGGCUUGUCUCAGCCAAGUCUCAGCUCCAAACCCUUCAUGCCCAUUGCCGCAACAAGCGAGCCAAUACGUCUGUCGGUGCACGAUGUGACAGACAGCACAUGUACCCUGAAGUGGCUCGCCCCAGAGAAGAUUGGAGCUGGUGGCCUGGAUGGCUAUAUCAUUGAAUACUGCAAGGAAGGAGACACUGAGUGGGUGGUGGCAAACCAGGAACUCUGUGAGAGGCAAGGAUUUGUGGUGCGUGGCCUCCCCGUGGGAGAGAAGAUCAACUUUAGAGUGGUGGCAAUAAACAUCGCCGGACGCAGUCCCCCAGCUACACUGGGACAGCCCGUCACCAUCCGUGAGAUCAUGGAGUAUCCUAAGAUUCGCCUUCCUCGCGACCUGAGAACAAAAUUCAUCAGGAAAGUUGGAGAAAAGAUCAACCUGGUCAUUCCCUUCCAGGGUAAGCCGCGCCCUAUUGCGACCUGGCUCAAGGAAGGUCAACCCAUUGACCCGGCUAUGAUCAACGUCCGUAACUCAAACGUCGACACCAUCCUCUUCAUCCGUUCAGCAGAGAGAGAACACUCUGGAAAAUAUGAGCUGGUGCUAAAGAUCGAGAACAUGGAGGACAGAGCAGCCAUCCAGAUCCAGAUUAUUGAUAAACCUGGACCUCCUCAGAAACUGAAGGUGACAGAAGUCUGGGGCUUCAAUGCAGCAUUGGAGUGGGAGCCCCCCAAGGACAAUGGCAACUGUGAGAUUACUGGAUACACCAUUCAAAAGGCAGACCUGAAGACUAAGGAAUGGUUCACUGUUUAUGAGCACAACAGACGGACAAACUGCACAGCGUCAGAUCUGAUCAUGGGCAAUGAGUACAUGUUCCGCGUGUACAGUGAAAACCUCUGCGGCCUGAGCGAAGAUCCGUGCUUCAGCAAGAACACGGCUGUCAUUGCUAAGACAGACCUGGAGAUCAAGAGAAACCCCUACGAGAAGAAAGACAAGUCCUGUGCGCCCAAGUUUACUCAGCCCCUUGUUGACAGAUCUGUAGUGGCCGGUUACAGCACCGCCAUCAGCUGCGCCGUCAAAGGGUUCCCCAAGCCUAAGAUUGUCUGGAUGAAAAACAAGAUGAUCCUCGGAGGAGAGAAUCCCAAGUUCUUGAUGCGAAACCACCAGGGAGUGUUGACCCUCAACAUUCGCAAGCCAAGCACUUUUGACUCAGGAAAAUACUCCUGUUUGGCCGUCAAUGAUCUGGGCAAGGAAGAAGUGGAGUGCAAGCUGGAUGUCAGAAUUGCCACAGACCCCGAUAAGGACAAGGGGAAGUGAGAAACCGAUCCGCAAAGAAUGUGAAAUGAUAUGAACCAAAAUGUAGAUGUCAGUGUGUGAAGUACACACUGACACAGAGUGAAUCUAAUAAAAUUAAAUGAUGUGUGCUAUAAAUAAUGAUUAUUUUA